GACUCACUCUUAGGUGCUCUCUUUCCUCUCUUGUUGAAGCAGACUCUGGAAUAAGGUGGAUGGUUAAUUCCCUGAGGCUUUAAGUUUAGGUGUGGCAAUCAAACGGACCCGCUUGCUGUUCAUGUGGUACCAUGACUAAAGGAAGCUGUUUUGGUGCGCUGUAGCUGUUUGGGAUGACCGAAGCCAAACAUUGCCUCAAAGAGGAAGAAAUCAAAGAAGAGGUGAGAGGAGGGACAACAUCUGCUCUCAGAGGAUAAGAUCAGGAGCCCAUCUGGAACCAAGCAGGGAACCUACCAGACCUUUCUCUUUAUAAAGAAGGGAACUGAAACUCUUCAAUAGCUUCAAGGGUUUCAAGAAUUUUUAUUACUUUUUUUUAUCAUUGGUUUUUACCUUCUCAGAGCUAAAGCCAUGUGCCAUGUUAUUGUAACAUGCCGUUCCAUGCUGUGGACCCUACUCAGUAUUGUAGUGGCCUUUGCUGAGCUCAUUGCAUUCAUGAGCCCGGAUUGGUUGUUGGGAUUUCCUCGGGCUGACAGCGGCGUGAGCGGGGCAGGAGUGGACUCCAGGGAGUACCGGCCGUCUCUCGGCCUUUACAACCGCUGCCUUCGUAUUGGGAACAAACAGGUGACCUGCGGGCCCUACGCCACGACAUUUGGAGAAGUGGCCAGUGGUUUCUGGCAGGCUUCCAUGUUGUUUCUGGCAGCAGGGACAUUAGUGCUCGGGUGUGUGGCCUGCAUCUCCAUCUUCAGCCUGUGUUUUCAGAGCAUCCUGAAGAAGAGCAUAUUCAACAUCUGUGGACUGCUUCAGGCUGUCGGAGGCCUGUUACUGAUGGUGGGCCUCAUGCUGUACCCUGCUGGUUGGGGUUCAGACAAGGUGAUCGACUACUGCGGCAAAGAGGCAUCGCCGUUUCGGCCAUUUCAGUGUUCGCUCGGCUGGGCGUUCUACACAGCGAUAGGAGGAACGCUGGUGACCUUCUUAUGUGCUGUUCUGUCUGCACAGGCUGAGAUCGCUACUUCCAGCGAUAAGGUUCAGGAGGAGAUUGAGGAGGGGAAAAGUCUGAUCUGCCUGCUCUGAGCCCUCAGAAACCCUAGGAAGCUGCACAAAAUCACCCAUGGUGCAAUUUCUCUGAUGUAGACUGCAACUCGGCGGAGGGAAGACAGAUGUUUCUCUGCGGGUUUUUCCUCAUGAUUGUCUGGAUAAAAUCAGCUGAUUGUAGAAAGUGUAGAAGCCUUGAUAACAGCUUUUUUAUUAGGCAUGGUGUUCUCUUCUGCUGAAGCCUACCUGAUGAGCAAGAGGAAGGGGAGGGGAAAAAAUGCUUUUCCACCUUUUAUAACUUCAGUUUAAAACCUCUGGCAAAGCCGCAGAAAGAGGAAUGCUUAUCCCUGUUUCUGAACAAGUUGACUGUUUAUUUUUGCUAUUGCCUUAAACAAACCAAUGUACUGGAAUAGCAGAUUGGUCAAAGAAAUUGGUUGUGAAUAGGUUUUAGAAAGACUGCAUUUUUUUAUCAUUUAUGCUCAUUCAUGGGGUUCCACCACUGACCACUGGCAGAUUUGUCUACUCAAACACCCAACAACAGCUUGCAUUUGUCCUGUUGAGUGCCAGUGUAUGUUUGUGAGAGGUUAACUCUUGAGGUCUGUUGUGCUCUGAUUCUAUGGUCGCAGAACAUUGAGCUCUCUUGCUGAGGGAUCGUACGCUUCAAAGGGAGUUUCUCUGGCUUAACUGAUUGUGCAGCUUAAUAACUGUAAGAGUGUGUGCAGAAAGGAAAAAAAAAAAGUUCUGCCAGAUGUUUCACUGUGUGGGCUUUCAUGAAGAGAUAAAGCAGCGAGAUAAAGCAGGUUGCAGCAUAGGUUAUCAUGAAAUACUGUAUGACAUGCAGAGAGCCAUAAACACAGGUUCUGGCUUUAUAAAGAUGCCCAAAAGGUAAAGAUAAUGGUUAAAAAAAACAAACACGCCCACCAGGUGAUUACACUUCAUUCCCACGUUAGUGUGAUUUGGACACUUUUGCAAAACUGAUAAAAGUGGACCUCCUUCAUAGGUAGAUUUUUGUAACCUUUUGCAUUUUGCACUUGGCCCUUCAAUCAUUUCACAUUGCUGUGUAUUAUAUUCAUUUGUGUUUCAUCCAUGCUAUAUGUCACUGUAUAUGUUAGGAUUCAUGUGGUGCAGUGCUUCUAUUCGUUGUAGAUUAAUGUGCAAUAAUUCCACUAUAGUGUUGUUUUCUGAGAGUGAAAGGACCGAGAGAAUGAAAGUGAACUCGUGGUAUGGAUUUGCAUCAAAACGCAUUUCGAGUAUGUCUGUGAAUAAAAAUGCUGUCUGCUAUUUUUGUUACAUUAACAAAAGAUUAUUAACAUAAGUGGAACACUGUAUGAGGCUUCAUGUAUGAGAGGUUGAUAUAUCUGAGGAGAGAUAACCUGUGCUUAAAUAAACCAGGACUUCUUUAGUCAGUUUGUUAGAAAUGUGUAAAAUCUGUUUCCACUUUGCCCAAACGUCCUGAUGAAACACUGACAUCUAGAGAUAGAAGGUGGACAUUAGUUGUGUAAAAAAAAACAAAAAAAACAACAAAAAACCAAAGCGGUUUGUAAGGUAAAUUUGAGGGGAAAUGAGAUGAUUAACACAUUUUGGUUUUUUUACUGGCAAAUUUUUAAUUUCAUAUUAAAUCCAUUUAUGUUUAACUUUUCGAACUCUCUUGAAUCUAUUCAACUCUAAGCAUCUCAGUGCGAUACUUUGCAAAGUGUGAUGAGUCACAUUUUUAAGGAGUGGUUCUAAAACUUUUUAUAUUUCUCCUGGUCUUUCACCCACAGCCUUCGACCUGUGACCUGCCCUGGAAUCACUGUUUUAAAGUGAUUCCCAUCUGUUUUAUGGUUUGAUGUGUUGUAUGUUCAAAGAUUCUCUUCUGCAUCUUAUCUUGGUUGUAAUGCGCAGUUACAGCCAAGAUAUGAGAGUUACUGAUGCCUUCCUAUCGACUUGAUGCAGUAUAACCAUUAUCCUCUGACCCCUGCCAUCAACAAGGCACUUGUGCCCAGAGAACUGCUGCUCACUGGAUAUUUUCAGACCACUCUCUGUAAACCCUAGAGAUGGUGGUGCAGAAAAAUCCCAGUAGAUCAGCGGUCUCUGAAUUAAUCAGAGCAGCCAAUCUGGCACCAACAGCCAUGCCAUGUUAAGUUAACCACCUUUUUUUCUCCCAUUCUAAUACUCAGUUUGAAUUUGAGCAGGUAGUCUUGAUCAUUUUUACAUGCAUAAAUGUAUUAAGUUGCUGCCAUGUGACUGGCUCAUUAGAUACUUGCAUUAACAAGCGGCUGAACAGAUGUACC